CGAAAAAAGGUUGAAUAUUCGACAAAAGUCGAAAAGUAGAUAUGUAGUAAAAAGUUCGAAAAGUCGACUUUCUACUUUUCAAAAAAAAGUCGAAAAGUGGAGUUUUUGUUUAAGUAUAGAAUGCUCGUAUGCAGUGCUCGUGUAAAUGCCGCAUUAUACUGACAGCCGCCGACUAAUUUGAAAAGUGUUUUUAUUUAUUGGCCUGUUGAAAAUUUCAUUCCCAGUUGCAGUUUAUAUAAAUUAAAUUUAACACAGAUACAAUUAAUUCGAGACUUUAUUUCUUUGGCUCAUUUAAAAUGGUUGUAGGGUUUUUUGUACGAUCUGGACUAUUAAUAGGUGCAAUCUAUUACACAAAAAAGGCCGGAGUCUGGGGUAAUCCUAAUGAGACCGAAAUUCUCUACAAUGAUAUAAAAAAUGAAUUACGACCACAUCUCCAAAGCAUCGAAAAGCAAAUGCCUUUCGAAAUUCCAGCACUACCACAGACUGGAGAAAUGUGUUUCUUAGCCAAACACUAUUACAAUGAGGGCAUUAAAAAAUCGUUUAAUUUUAUUGAGAUGCUCCCAUGCUACGCGGGUCAAAUGUUAAAAAAGGCUAAAGAUAAAUUUGAGGAGUUCGCAGAAUCUCCGAAGUCCACGAAUUAACGAAUUAAAUUAUAAUUAAAUAAUGUUCUUUUACAAUCAAUAAAGAGUAUUGGUUAAAACUUUGUAGCGAUGAAAAUAAAAAACUUAGGACAUUAAAGUGAUUAUCUGCAA